AGAACAAACUAAAAGUCAGACGAAUUUAGGGCUGAAGUAAUGAAUGCGUGCUGUUUUAGUUCUUCAAGUUGUAAACACCGUUCUUUUGUGACUGUCCUAGAUGAAACUUCAGAAUGGCUGUGCAGGCUAAGCAUAUACCGAAGGAUGCUCAAGUAAUUAUGUCUAUUAUGAAAGAUAUGGGUAUUCAUGAAUAUGAGCCACGCGCCGUAAACCAGCUUUUGGAAUUUACAUAUCGUUAUAUAACCUGUAUAUUGGAUGAUGCCAGAGUGUUUGCAAAUCAUGCAAAGAAGAAAGUGAUAGACUUAGAAGACGUGAAAUUGGCAGUUCAGAUGACUAUAGAUCGUGCAUUUACAACUCCUCCACCUCGUGAUAUUCUGCUGGAGGUCGCAAGAACAAAGAACAACAGUCCACUUCCACUUAUCAAACCCCACUGUGGUCUUCGAUUACCCCCAGACCGUUACUGUCUAUCCUCGUGCAAUUACAGAUUGAGAAGUAAUAAGAAGCCCCAGACAAAGCAAGUCCAUCAUCACACGAUGGCAGGGGGCAACGCAGGCUAUAUGAACGCAGGCGUUACAUCGCAUCUCACACAUGGCAGUGUGAAUGCGACAGGAGUCAAGAUACAGAACAAGCAACCGCAGUCACUGUCUAUCGUAAAGCGACCGGGAACAUUGGCAACAGUGGCAAGAACUCAGGCCAUCACCAUACCUAAACCUGUGAUCAAAUUUUCUUCAGCAACUCCAACUUCAAAACCGAUAACCAAACCCAAGUUCCAAAUGGCAAUGUCGACAGGAAAUGCUCCAAAUGCAGCCAUCAAGGUUGAAGCGAAUGAUUUUCCUUCUGGAAUGAAACGGAAACGAGAUGAGGAGGACUACGACCUUUUGGAAUGAACAGUAGUUUUUAUUUGCAUCUCAUAUUUCAUACGCGCAUGAGCCCAGUGUAUGUAAUUUUGUUAGAAAUACUUUCAUUCUGUUUGGAUGAUAUAAAUUAAGCCUUAAAUAAUCUGUAAUGUUUCUUUGCUUCUUUAGACUUCUCAUGACAGCUUGAAUUCCUUGUGGCUGUAAUAUUGUCGUAUUCAAAUCUCUGUUGACCUGCGAUGUUUGAGAGUUGACCUAAACAGCAUAGAGUAUGAGGAUAAAACAAUUGAAGAAGUAGAAACAGCAAAAUUUCUUGGCCUCCAAAUUGACAGCGAAUUAAAAUUGAAAAAUCAUAUUCAAUACUUCAUCACUCAACUAAGCUCGGCAUGUUUCGCUAUGAGGGCAGUUGCAGCAGUCGUGACAACAGAAACAUUGAAAUUAGUUUAUUUUGCUUACUUCGAUUUCAUCAUGUCGUAUGGAAUAAUUUUCUGGGAAAAUUCAAUGGGUAGGAAAAGAUUUUUUUUACAUUCAAAAGAAGAUGGCAGGUGCUAAAAGGAGAGCCUCUUGUAGGGAAUUAUUUAAGAAGUUUAAUGUUCUUCCACUACCCAGUGAAUUCUCGCUCUCGUUAUUAUCAUUUGUAGUGGAUGACAUGGAAAAAUUGCAAAAAAAUAUUCAGAUAUUCACAAUGUAAGAACAAGAUACAGAUACAACCUUCGUGUGACGAAUUCUAACCUCAGUGAAUAUCAAAAAGGAGUUUUCUACCUGGAAUUAUGUUAAUCAAUAAUCUUCAACCUACAAUCAAAAGUUUACGUCACGAUAUAAAAAUGUUUAAGCCAGCGUUAAAAGAGGAUCUGCUCAGUAGAAGAAUUUAUAAAUACAUGAAAGUAACAAUGGUGAUGGUUUCUCGUCAUAAUUAUUUUGUUGUAAUACUGUAAUUCGAAAAAUCUGUAAAUAGCUGUUAUUACUAUGUAAUUAUGUUUGUGCUAGAAACAAAUAUUGUAUUUGCGCUAUGACCUGUUCUACAUCCUUGGCUUUGGCCUGUGAAGGAUCUGUGGAAUGUAAAAUUCUAUUCUGUACUCCUCAUUUAAGGAAUGUUCUGCCAUUUUAGACUUUAACGUCUCUUCGAUUUUUGUGGUCUUCCUGCCUCCCACAUUUGCAUAUGUCUAACGUGAGCAGACUUAUAGCCUGCUAGAAGUUUAUGGACGUUUCAGAGAUCCUUGCUGCCUCCCUGAACUUCAUCUUCCGCGAUGCCCAAUUAUAAGUUAGGCGUGGUGUGGGUGUACAACGAAAAUUACGAGAAACGUGAUACAAUGAUCUGUGUCAUUUACAAAUAUGCAAGCAACUACAGUGUUAACAGUCAAGGCUUGGCUAACAUCUUGGCUUGGAAUGUCUUUCAGAUGACCUGCACUUAACCUUUAAAUGCCUAAAGUGUCUUUUAAGUCAUUUUAGGCACUGGUAUCCCUAGUUGGCCCACCAUAGACUUUAAGACACGGCACCACAUCACGUAACAUGGCUGUAUGAUUGUAUUUCUAGGUUCUGGUCUAUGAAAAUGUCAGUGUGCUCUAGAAGGAUGGCUGUAUAACCUACAAAAAAUUUUCUUGUCAAAAGGGCCCCUUUUCUUUCCUUACAAUCAUUCUUACACUGUCUCCCUUAUCAACUAGCAGCUAUGAUUUGUAAGUGGGAAUUAUCUUUUUAUUUUCAGCAAUAUUAUAACUUUCAAAUAAACAUUGAGCACAAGCCUGUAAAGUGUUUCUAUAACUUGAUCUGAAACGGCACAAUUGAACUACUGAUUUCACACAAAUAAAUGGACCUGUAACAUUUU